GUCAUUUUUCGAUUUUUGACAUACAGAAAAUUCCAAAUUUUUAUGGAAUGUAAACAAAUUUUCAAAUUUAAUUUUUUAAUAUAAAAAACUGUAGAUAGGCAUUUUUGAAGUAGAGUAUUUUGAAUUUCAUUGCAAUGAUGACAACGAACAUGUUUUACUCACCACCGAUCCAGCCAGCCACAAACUCUGCUACGACUACAGAGACCAUUUUUAUUAUGAAUCAUCCUGGAAUAUUGUAACCAUUUCCUAUUUUUAGUGAUUUUUCUCUUGAAAGAAACGUUUAAAUUUCUUGAUAUUUCAUAAAAUCGCUCCCUUUUUUUUAUUGAACUAUCACACCCACCCACAAGCCGCCAAACUAUUAAACGUUUGCCAAAGAAAACUAUCGCAAUGUUGUCAAGGAAGAACAAAGAUCUAAGGGCAAUCAACGAGGGUGUCGUAGGCAAAUAUGUGAAAAAAGACACUCCACCCGAAAUGCCAAUUAUUAAUAUCUGGACCACUGAACCCAAGAGACGUAGUUCAAACCAGAGCAGAUCGUCUUUGCCUCCACAAAGUACCAUUCCUCAUACAGCACCUCACAACGCUACAUUACAGACCGUUCAAAAAUUUGGCAAUCAAAAAGCCACAAUUAGUGAUGUGGGAUUGGGUGCACACGAAGGUAAAUACACUCCCAGUGCUUCUGUGCCUGAUCUUGCAACACGCUUUGCUAAUUUAUCAGUCGGAUUAGGGCCGGAGAGUCAUUUGUACGGAAGUAAUUUCAGUGGUCCUAAUAAUUCAAAUAAUGUGAAUUCGAUGAACCAUAUUUAUGCCAACCAGUUGGUAGGCAAUAGUUAUAAUGAUAACUCUUCAAACAAUGCUAAUUAUGUAGAAAUUGAUCAAAUCUAUCCUCUCGAACCAAAUAUCUUAUACAAAGACACUUACAAUAGGACAAAUUCUCCUAUUUACCAAAAUACUCGAGACAGUAGUGUGUUGAGAACAAAUCAAGAUCAAACCACCCCAAUAUACAGUAAUACACAAAUAGACCGUUUCAAUAGGAAUCAAUACCAAGGAAUGUCUUAUGGUGAAUCAUUGGCUCAUAAUUUAAGACAAAGCGUGGGUAGAAAUGAAAAUACUCAAGAACCAUCAGAAGAGUUGCCAUUACCUCCAGGAUGGUCAGUAGACUACACACUGAGAGGUCGAAAAUAUUACAUUGACCAUAACACCAAAACAACCCAUUGGUCUCAUCCCUUGGAACGUGAAGGCCUUCCAACAGGUUGGCAAUGCAUACAAAGCCCAAUUUAUGGAGUUUAUUAUGUAAACCAUAUAACAAGACAAGCGCAAUAUGAACACCCCUGUUUGGUACCCUGUUUCAAUUAUAGCAAUAUCUCACCUCAAACCUAUCAAAGGUACUUACCAGUGAGACCGACUCAUUAUCAACCUCACAGUGUUUUGGUACCAGCUAAUCCAUAUCUGAUGGAAGAAAUCCCACAUUGGUUGAAUGUGUAUUUCAAAACUGGAACAGAAAUAGACCAUAAACUCAGAUGGGAUAUGUUUAGACUAUCAGAAUUGGAAUGUUAUAAUGCGAUGCUAACAAGGCUUUAUAAGCAAGAGCUGCAAAAUAUUGUUAUGAAAUAUGAAACUUAUCGAGCUGCAUUGAUGGUCGGAAUGGAAAAAUUCAGGGUUAAUCAAACUAAUCCUAGGCUGUGAUCUGAGAGGAGAAAAAAAGUUCCUACCAUAAAUAUUGCAUCUAUAUUGUCACUACAAUAUACAUAUUUUUUUAUAUUUACAUAUUUGUGUUUGAAGAAACUAAAAUGUUAUAUAAUUGUUUAUUUUUUAGGUUUUCGCUAAUCUACUGCAUGUCUAAUUUAUUUGUAUCAACUUCAUUUAUAAAUAAUAAAACUUAGGAUUCAGUUUCUAUUGCUUCAAUUUUUUCUUCUUGUACUGGUGGAUGCACUAUUCUUGCUGUAAAAUUACCCCAUGUCAGAGUUCGUUCUAAUGCCACUGAAAUGAAAAAAAAAUUGCCCU